ACAGUGACAAGUCGUACAAGUGUGUUUUCAUGUACACAAGUAAACGAAGGCUUUGUCGUAUGACACACACACACACAUCUACAAACGAACAAGUGGGCGUUAGGGUAUUGUCAUUCAAAUCAUCUGUUCCGUAAAUUGUUGUAUAUUUUGUACAUAAAAUCUAAUUUAUUUUUGAUUAUUUAUUUAAUGCGAGUGUUAUUAUAAAAUAAUUGAUUGAGUGCGCGAGUCAGUUAUGUGUGUUUAGAGUUUUGUUUUUAUUCUCGUGUGACGUCAUUGUUUUCGACUGCCAGUACGACGCAAUAGCAUUUUACUCGAAAAUGGAUUUAAAAUGAGAAUUGUUUUCGUAAACAAGGCGACGCUCACUCAGCAUGUCAGCGGAGUCGCCACGGCAUGUGCGGUCAGGAGGGCCCCUGACCGUGCCCUCCCAGCCACCGAGUGACCGCAGCAUCAUCGAUGCCGUCUCCGGGUUUAUCAACGACGUGACACUUUCCUCUUCAUCAUCAGUAGACCCUAAAGAUGUCAUUCAAUGGGCAAGGUUCGAAACAGCAGACAUAAACGAGCCAACACCUGAAGGCGACAGUGACAGUGAUGUGUCUCCGUUACUCCUAAUCCUGGGCUACGGAGCUGGUGUCCAAGUCUGGCUGAUACCCCCUACCGGGGAGGCCCAGGAGGUGUUGUCAUGGCGACAAGGCACAGUGAGGGUGCUCCGUAUACUGCCUACUCCGCAGCACGGCGACUGCUUCGCGUCGAAGAGGCCCCUUAUCGCCUUGUGUGACUCUGCCAGCCCCGGCCCAUCAUUUUGUUCACUCAGCUUCAUUUCCAUCAGAGGUGGUGAACAGGUAAAGAGCAUAAAAUUCAAGAACCCCAUACUCGAUGUGUUGGCGAACAAGCGAUCGGUGGUGGUGUCGUUUUCCGAACGUUUUGCGGUAUUCGACGCUGCGACUUUAGAAGACCGAAUGGCUGUCACUACUUGUUACCCCUGCCCAUGUCCUUUGGGCGGCAGCUUGCCAAUCAACCCGUUGGCGCUUGGAGACCGCUGGCUGGCUUAUGCUGAUAAGAAACUGAACCAGUCUAAGAGAAGCAGUGGAGGGUGCGAAGCCGAAGGCGUAACUAGCUACACAGCAACAGUACUGCAUGCAGCCAAGUCCCUUAGCAAGGGUCUACGUGGGCUCGGAGAGAGCGUGGCCCACAGUCUGGCGGGGGGACGAAGCACCUCCCAAUCUCCAUCACCGCCUAACACUGAUGUGCAGCAGCCUGGAGUUGUAACCAUAUUGGAUAUUGAGGGUAACGAGGAAGACGACGGCCAAGACAGUGAAGAGUCAUGUGACCCAAUCGUGGCUCACUUCAUAGCGCACUCGGAAGCGAUAAUAGCUCUGAAGUUUGACGCUAGUGGUAUGUUGCUGGUGACGGCUGACCGACGCGGCCACGAUUUCCACGUGUUCAGGAUCAACCCGCAUCCUUGUGGCUCCAGCCUGGCUUCCGUACACCAUCUGUAUAUACUGCACAGGGGCGAUACUACCGCUAAAGUGCAGGACAUAGCAAUAUCAUGCGACAGUAGGUGGGCGGCGAUAUCGUCCCUGCGCGGCACGACGCACGUGUUCGCGAUCUCCCCGUACGGGGGCGCUGUGGGCGUGCGCACGCACACACAGCCGCGCGUCGUCAACAGACUGUCGCGGUUCCAUCGCUCUGCCGGGUUGCCUAUACAUGCUGUAGCUGGGAAACGACCUACGCCAGUGGGUGACACGUUGGCUCAAGGAGCGUGGUUCCCCAACCCCCGCCUGCCCCCAUACCCCCUCCCCACUACACUGUCCCCCCUCGCGCAACUACGCCCCACUGCCAACAUACCCACGCACACCAUCACUAGAAACAGCUCCGGUCGGCAGCGUCUGUCGUCGCUAUCAGAGGACAACAACGCGGCGCCACUAUUGGCCCGGGCGCGGUUUGGCCCCGCCCUCUGCCCCUCCCCCUCAGGCCGAGCGCCCGCCCCCGUGGCCGCGUUGUACCUCAUGGCCGCUAAUGGAUCACUGUUACAUCUCCUACUGCAUCCUCGACCGCUCUCCUCUAUACCGAAGGAGAAGAUCUGCGACGAGUCAGCGAUCGAGCUGGAGGUGGAGGCAGUGUCGCAGUGGCCCCUGCAGCGGCCGGCCGCCGCCGCCGACCUGCUGGCGCCGCUGCCGCCCUCCAACCCGCUGCUGCAGCCGCAGACCUGCAGGAGGUGCGCGGAUAUGUGCAUGAGUGAAGAAGAGCGUUGGUUGUCGCAAGUGGAGAUAGUGACCCACGCGGGCCCGCACCGACGACUCUGGAUGGGCCCGCAGUUUGUUUUCAAAACCUAUAAUUGCACGGGAUCAAACUCGUCCCUGUCUGAAGCGGAGACAGUAGAAGUGGAUACUAGCGCUGCUCGCGGCGUUGCUCGUUCCAACCCGGUCAACAUGCCGGGAGUCAGGCCCGUCGUGCCUGUCCUCAUAGAUUCUGGAUCUGCAAGUUCUCUAGAACAUUCUCCGUCGGACAGCUUUCGUCGCAAGUCUUUGUUGGCUGAAACUGGUCGCGCGGCCUCAGUAUGCGACGUACAACUGAGAGAGGACUUAGCUGAAGCUAUGAAGGAAGACCAUGUAACAACAACAGGCGGUCGGUAUGAGACGGAGCAAGAAGAGCUUAGUUCUAGCAGUUUUAGCUCUGCAUCGCGUGCGUCCCUUGACCCGCCGUCCUCGCCAACCCCAAGCUGUGGCGGAGACAACCAGCUUCAUUUCCCAGGCGACUCCAGUAGCUCCGUAUAAAGGAAGACAGGUUUUGUGAAAAUUAUUACUUAGUGAUGGAACUGUUUGGUUAAACAAGUCAAAAACUUACUCACAGAUGAUUUUUGGUGUUAUAUGUGAGGCUUUAAAGUCGAAAAU